AGGUGAUUGGCCAGAAGGGGGUCUGCCCCACCCCAAUCACCGCGGCAGCUAGCCGCGGGGGGGCGAGGGCGCUUGGCCAGAGGGUUUAAAGGGCGCCUCCGCAGGGACCACUCAGCUGGAGCGGCAGAGCGGUGCCAGGCCAGGUGUGCGCGUCCAUCGGCCCUUCCGCGCCCGCGCCGGAGCCCAACCGCGGAGGACGCCCGGGCGGUACCUGUGCCCGGCACCAUGAAGCAGGACCCCUCGGCCCAGAACACACCGCCCCCCUCACCUUCCGAAGCACCAUCCAUGCAGCCCUCCGAGGAGGACGGCGACCCCCAAGCACUGUGGAUUUUCGGAUAUGGCUCAUUGGUGUGGAGGCCCGACUUUGCCUACAGCGCCAGCCGCGUGGGCUUCGUGCGGGGCUACAGCCGGCGUUUCUGGCAGGGAGACACCUUCCAUCGAGGCAGUGACAAGAUGCCUGGCCGUGUGGUGACCCUCCUAGAAGAUCGAGAGGGCUGCACUUGGGGCGUGGCAUACCAGGUUCGAGGAGAGCAGGUGAAUGAGGCCUUGAAGUACCUCAAUGUGCGGGAGGCUGUACUUGGCGGCUAUGACACCAAGGAAGUGACCUUCUACCCUCAGGAUGCACCUGAGCAGCCACUCAAGGCAUUGGCCUAUGUGGCCACCCCGCAGAACCCUGGCUACCUGGGCCCUGCACCGGAGGAGGCCAUCGCUACCCAGAUCCUGGCCUGCCAGGGCUUCUCUGGCCACAACCUUGAGUAUUUGUUGCGACUUGCUGACUUCAUGCAGCUCUGUGGGCCUCAGGCUCAGGAUGAGCACCUGGAAGCCAUUGUGGACGCCGUGGGCUCCAUGCUGCCCUGUUUCUGCCCCAUGGAGCAGGAUCUGGCAGUGGUCUGAGGGGCAGAGCCCCUGCAGGGAGUGCACAUGCAGACCCAGGGGCACAUGCCCAGCCCAGCGCCUGAGUCAGGACACAGUGGGCAGCUGGGGGCUCCUCUCCCUAAGCCCCACCCAUCUGCCAGCCUGCAGCUCUCCUAUGUGCGGUUGACUUUCUACUUGAAACUUCAUUUAUUGCACCAUGUUGGUGUGGUGGGCAGGGUGGGAGGCCUGCCCUAGAUACAGGCCCUGCUGUGUGGUGGCCUAGCCCAGAUCCCUGGUGCCUGAUGAUCCCUCCAGUGCUGCUGCUAACCCCACAUCACCCAGACCUCCAGCUCUGCAGGGAGCUCCAUGCACCUUCAUCCUUUGUCUAUCCAGACCUGUCAUUCCCCAGCCCUGAGAGAGCUCCUGCCUGAGUGCUCAUCCUGCUGUGUGAAGGGCAGGAGCAAGGAGGAGGCCCCACAAAGGCUGAGGCCUGCUCAUGCACUGGAAGCCCAGGGCAGAGGUGGGUCUGAUGCUGGACGCUCUGGCAUCAGAGUCAGGCCUGGGCUUUUUACCUUUGUGGUUUUGUCUGUCUGUCUGCCUGCCUGUCUAGGCCAGUCCUGUGUAUCUCUUGUUCUAUUCUUGGGAAGUUCGUCAUUACAGGGCCUGGCCCCUUCCCAACCUGUUCUACCCAUUUACCCAUAAACUGAUUUCUCAUCUUCUA